AUGGAGGACGGCCUAUUGACGGACAAAGACAAUACAAAAAUUGACAAUAAUCUCAGGGAAACAGUUAACAGCCUAUUGACGGACAAAGACAAAACAAAAAUUGACAAUAAUCUCAGGGAAACAGUGAACAGCCUAUUGACGGACAAAGACAAUGCAAAAAUUGACAAUAAUAUCAGGGAAACAGUGAACAACCUAUUGUCGGACAAAGACAAAACAAAAAUUCACAAUAAUCACAGGGAAACAGUGAAUAACCUAUUGACGGACAAAGACAAUACAAAAAUUGACAAUGAUCUCAGGGAAACAGUGAAAAACUUAUUGUCGGACAAAGACAAUACAAAAAUUGACAAUGAUCUCAGAGAAACAGUGAACAGCCUAUUGACGGACAAAGACAAAACAAAAAUUGACAAUAAUCACAGGGAAACAGUGAACAACCUAUUGUCGGACAAAGACAAUACAAAAAUUGACAAUUAUCUCAGGGAAACAGUGAACAACCUAUUGUCGGACAAAGACAAUACAAAAAUUGACAAUGAUCUCAGAGAAACAGUGAACAGCCUAUUGACGGACAAAGACAAUGCAAAAAUUGACAAUGAUCUCAGGGAAACAGUGAACAACUUAUUGUCGGACAAAGACAAUACAAAAAUUGACAAUAAUCUCAGAGAAACAGUGAACAGCCUAUUGACGGACAAAGACAAAACAAAAAUUGACAAUGAUCUCAGGGAAACAGUGAAAAACUUAUUGUCGGACAAAGACAAUACAAAAAUUGACAAUAAUCUCAGGGAAACAGUGAACAACCUAUUGACGGACAAAGACAAUACAAAAAUUGACAAUGAUCUCAGGGAAACAGUUAACAACCUAUUGUCGGACAAAGACAAUACAAAAAUUGACAAUAAUCUCAGGGAAACAGUGAUCAGCCUAUUGACGGACAAAGACAAUGCAAAAAUUCACAAUAAUAUCAGGGAAACAGUGAACAACCUAUUGUCGGACAAAGACAAAAGUAAAAUUGACAAUGAUCUCAGGGAAACAGUGAAAAACUUAUUGUCGGACAAAGACAAUACAAAAAUUGACAAUAAUCUCAGGGAAACAGUGAUCAGCCUAUUGACGGACAAAGACAAUGCAAAAAUUCACAAUAAUAUCAGGGAAACAGUGAACAACCUAUUGUCGGACAAAGACAAUACAAAAAUUGACAAUUAUCUCAGGGAAACAGUGAACAACCUAUUGUCGGACAAAGACAAUACAAAAAUUGACAAUAAUCUCAGAGAAACAGUGAACAGCCUAUUGACGGACAAAGACAAAACAAAAAUUGACAAUGAUCUCAGGGAAACAGUGAACAACCUAUUGUCGGACAAAGACAAAACUAAAAUUGACAAUGAUCUCAGGGAAACAGUGAACAACUUAUUGUCGGACAAAGACAAUACAAAAAUUGACAAUGAUCUCAGGGAAACAGUUAAUAAACUAUUGGCGGAGAAAGACAAAACAAAAAUUGACAAUGAUCUCAGGGAAAUAGUGAACAGCCUAUUGUCGGACAAAGACAGUACAAAAAUUGACAAUGAUCUCACUGAAACAGUGAACAGCCCAUUGUCGGACAAAAACAAAACAAAAAUUGACAAUGAUCUCAGUGAAACAGUGAACAACCUAUUGUCAAACAAGGACAAAACAAAAAUUGUCAAUGAUCUCAGGGAAACAGAGAACAACCUAUUGUCGGACAAAGACAGUACAAAAAUUGACAAUGAUCUCACUGAAACAGUGAACAGCCUAUUGACGGACAAAGACAAAACAAAAAUUCACAAUAAUCACACGGAAACAGUGAACAACCUAUUGACGGACAAAGACAAUACAAAAAUUGACAAUGAUCUCAGUGAAACAGUGAACAACCUAUUGACGGACAAAGACAAUACAAAAAUUGACAAUGAUCUCAGGGAAACAGUGAACAACCUAUUGUCAAACAAAGACAAAACAAAAAUUGUCAAUGAUCUCAGGGAAACAGUGAACAACCUAUUGUCGCACAAAGACAAAACAAAAAUUGACAAUAAUCACAGGGAAACAGUGAANCGAGGUACGUAG